UAUCCCACGGUUUUACUGGUGAGUGCUACUACCAUCGCCUCCAUCGAUUGACAAUCGCCCUUCAGCAUAAACAUGGUGCGAUCACACACCAUCCUUGAGCGCAAGCACAGCACCUCCAGCUCUGGCUCAUCCAACUCAACACUAUCCGACACAGACUGCUUUGAGCGCUUCACAGCUACUGGUCGCCCCAUGCCCACGGAUUAUCAGUCCGCCUGGUCGUCCGCCUGUAUGUUCGGCCCUACGGCGCCGCAUUUCCUCCCUUUCAGAUUCACAGACGAUAGCAUAAUCCCAGUCGUGGUGCGGGUGUGCGAGGGGAGCUUCAAGGCCGGGGUGGAAUCCACAUCCCAGAAACGCCGCCGCUCCCUACGCGACCGGUUCCGUUUCAAGAAGACGAAGAUCGUGGUCGCGAUGAUGCCGCGGCGCGACUACCUCCGUUACUUUGCGCAUGAUGAGUCGGGGCGGUAUGUCGGGACGGAGAAGCAGGAGAGUUGGAGUGAGGGGAACCUUGAGGAGGAGUUUGGACAUUAUAGGAUGAUGGAACCGCGGCAGUGGGUGGUGAGGAACUCAGGGGGUAUGGCUUAUAUGGAGGAGGAGUGAGGAAGAUGGGGUGGGCGCAAGGGGAUAGGGGUAGGAGUAAUUAAGGAGUUCAGAGUUGGUGAGAACAAGAUUGCUAUUUAUAUGGUGAAUAACAGAGCAGGAUUAAGCUGAUGGGUAACGACCCU